UAUGUCGCCCUGUUGUAAUGUGUCAAAAGCAUAUCUGAAAUCAGUAAAAUGGAAAUAGAAUUAAUUGAAUUGAAGGAUAUAAAAGCUGUACCAGACAUAAUACACAUUUACCCACAACGAGUGAAAUCUGGGUGUACGCCACUCGUUAUUGACAAUGGAUCCUAUAACUGCAGAGUCGGUUGGGCUACGGAAAAGGAACCGCAAUUAAUAUUCAAGAAUCUCAUUGCAAAACCGCGAAAGGAACGUGGCAAGAAAGAUGGGGAACCUCAAGUAGGAAACGACAUAGCAAACAUUGAAGCUGUUCGAUUUCAACUGAAAACUCAAUUUGACCGAAAUAUAGUAACACAUUUUGAGGCUCAAGAACAGAUAUUUGAUUACACAUUUACACAUAUGGGUAUAGACACGGAAGGCAGUGUAGAUCAUCCAAUUAUUUUAACAGAGGCAUUCCUCAAUCCCAACUAUUCUCGGAACUUGAUGGCAGAAUUAUUAUUUGAAUGUUACAAUGUACCAUCAAUAGCAUAUGGUAUCGAUUGCUUAUUUUCAUAUCAGCACAAUAACUGCCCGUCUGAUGGACUAAUAGUUAGUAUAGGAUAUCAUACAACCCACAUAAUACCGAUACUAGAUGGAAAAGCAGAUGCUACAAAUGCAAGAAGAAUCAAUCUUGGUGGAUAUCACAUCACAUCAUAUAUGCAUAGACUCCUUCAAUUAAAAUAUCCUGUUCAUGUCAAUGCAAUAACACCUAGUCGUGCAGAGGAAUUGAUACAUGAACAUUCGAUGAUUGCUUUAAGUUAUCAGAAAGAAUUAUCUAAAUGGGCAGAUGUAGAUUAUUAUGAUACACAUGUUUUAAGAGUACAAUUGCCAUAUAUCGCCCCUACUACUACUCCUGGACUAACACUUGAACAACAAAAAGAAAGAAAACGAGAAUUAGCACGAAGACUGAUGGAAAUUAAUGCAAGAAAGAGAGAAGAAAGGUUGGCAGAAGAUGAAGAACAACUUAACCAAUUGUUAGCAGUCCAAGACCUUUUAGAAGAAGGUGAAAUUGAUGAAUUUGAUCAAGCACUAAAGACCUAUUCUCUUGCAAAUGAAGCUGAUUUGAUAAAAAUGAUCAACAAUCUACAAGCAAAAGUAGAGAGAACCAGACAGAAAAUUGUCGCUGCUAAUUCACAAGAAGAAAAUAUAGUGAUAGAGGAAAAACCUAAAAUUAAGUCGAGUCUUCAACCUAAGGAUCAACAAGAUUUUGAUGAGUGGAUUGCUGGAGUUAGAAAGAAAAGACAGGAAAUAUUAGAUAAACGUAUGGCAAAGAGACAGCGUAGACAAGAUAUGGCAAAACGAAGAACAGCUGCUGCACAAGAGAGAAUGCGCAUAAUUAGUCAGUUGGCAAAAAAAGAAAAGCGUGAUGAUGAUUUUGGUAUGCGAGAUGAAGAUUGGGAUGUAUAUAAAGUUAUAAACAAGGAAGGUGGCGAUUCUGAUUCAGAACUGGAGCAAGAGAAAUUGUUGGAAUUGGAGGAUGUUUUACGUCAUCAUGAUCCAGAAUUUGAUAGCGCCGGUUCCAGCGUUCCCAUGGUUCCUGGAGAAACUCACCAACUUCACGUAGGCGUAGAGCGUCUACGAGCACCAGAAUUAUUAUUUCAGCCAUCCAUGAUUGGUUCUGUAGAAGCUGGAAUUGCUGAGACAAUCGAAUUUGUUUUAAAACAGUUUCCUCCUGAAGAACAAACGCGUCUUGUGAGUAACGUAUUUCUCACUGGUGGACCAACAGCUUUCCCGGGAUUAUUGGAGAGAUUGAAACGUGAGCUACGCGAAAUAAGACCUUUCGGAUCAAAUUUUCAAGUCAACAUUGCAAAAAAUACCAGCUUGGAUGCUUGGUAUGGUGCAAGAGAUUUCGGUUUAAAUGGUAAUCUUCCUGAAUAUUUAGUUAGUCGUAAAGAAUACGAAGAGAAAGGUGGAGAAUAUUUCAAAGAACACUUGACAAGUAAUACUUACACUCGAUCGCCCGAUCCUUUACCAAUGAUACAAGUACCUGUAACAUCGGAGCAGGUAAUUGUAGAGGAUGCUGUAGUUGAUGUGGAAAUUGAAUAAAAGAUAUUUAUAAUUUUAUGAUUUUUGAAUAUUGAUAAUAAAUCACAUGUAAUUAAAUAAUAUAAACGAAAUGUUUUCAGUACUUUUAUCUCGUCAGGCAGGUUUUAUCAAAUAAAGUUUUUAUAUGAAAUAUAAUUUAAUCAUGAUAUAAAAAUGAGAGAUUUUAUUAUUGAAUGGAUAUUAGCAAAAGAUACGACCAGCUCUUGUUCAUGGAUACCUACUUUAUUACACAAGUAUUUCCGUUUGUUCAUUUUAUUACGAACAAACUACAUUGUAGUCUGUUUGCUGAUCACAAUAUACAGUUCCCAAAUAUCGCAUUUCGCCAUUCAACACAAUUACGCGGGAUACGUUUUAUACGUUUUACUUUUCUUAUUUUUCGAGGACAAUCGACAUCGGCUUCUGGGCGUUCUUCGUGUAGCCUAAAAAAUUAUGAAAGUGAUCCCUCACCUUAGCGAUAAAAUUGACUUUACAGCAACCUCAGUUACAAAUCUCCAAUCUUAGUCUUAAGCGACUUAAACUAACAUCACAAUAUAAUACACACUGAAAUCAUCGAGGCCCCAUAAGUAGCUACAACUAACACUACUUGCGCAUCAAUAAAGGAACCUAUAUCGCGAUGUAACGCUUUAAUUUUCGCUCGAGUUUAAUCAAAACAAAGAAAGAGAGAUUUGUAGAUAAAUGAUAAUCACAAAUUCUAGAUCACAGGUGCACAGCAUUCUUGUUCGUAGUAUAUAGUUGAUCAAGACUAAAAAAACUCCUCGUUUUAUGUUAUAUGCAUUAUGUACUCUCAACCUAUAUCAAAUAACAGCUAUUACAAAUGUGAUGUAUAAUGUUCUUUACAGAAUCUUUUGUAUAUAAAAUACAUAAUUCAUCUAUCUGUAGAUAACAUGCUGAAACAAAUAAGCUAAGAUUCGCAUAAAUAUAUAUUUUGUUAAAACAGUAUAAAUCUAAUAUUACAAAAGCAUACAAUACAAAUCGACGAUGCAACAUUUGCAAACACAAAAUUGUAAAGCUCAUUACAAAAUUAAUAUAAUCCUUAAACAAUAUUGUUCGAUAUCAGAUAAUGAAAUUAAAAUUUAAUGAAAUAUAUCUACAUAAUAAAAAAAAUCUAUAUUGUUUUAUAUUGUAUUUAUCGCGCAUAAUCAUGUAAUGAGCUAAACAUCAGAUUUGCAGGCAUAUUUUGUUAAUCAGGCUCACCGAUGAAUUAUAUAUAUCUUGAUACAGUGCGCACAAAACUUAAUUUAAAUAUUCUUUACAACUAUCACAGUUUGAGGUCGCUGUAAAUCAAUAUCUCGCCUGUAAUGAUACACUAUAUCUUAUGAAAUUUUCAUUCACAGAGAGAAUGGAAGGGUAAAUAGGUGUGGAGGACACUUGGGUAGUUUUGUUUACGAUAAGAUUGAGGUAGAAUCCAAUCUGCAAAUAAAUACAACUUUUGAUCCGCAUAUGCUAUAAGUGAGGGGCUACUUCCGUCAACAAUAGUAUAACAUUAAUUAAAA